GAUGUAAUAAUAUUUCAAUCACAUUAUACAAUUCACUCUUGCAAAUUUUCUUUGUACUGCUAUUAGCAGAAAUAAAAAAAAAUUGCCCAUGUAACCGUUGAUGCCUACAUGUAUGUAUGUGUACAGUGUAAAGAACAUGCAGACUGCACUGCUAAGUCCUUGAAGUGAGCCCUCUCCAGUUGUGAAUGGGAUGUUUGCUGCAAAAUGCUGAGUGCCUGGGAAAAAAGAACAGUCUGUCAUGACUUGUUUGCUGUGGGAUGAACUUGCUUACUGAUGCUUUGACCUCAGAUGAUAAGUUGCCAACUUCGCCAAGGAUUUCCUGGAAUGUUGUAAUGCUGAACUCUGCUCCCAUUACAAGGCGUGUGGUUUCCUUGCCAUGAACUAUUUUGAAUGAAAAUUUGAAGGAGUAAAGGAAACAUUGACACUGCUGGUUUUGAUCUGCCCUGCUCGUUUUGUAAAAAUUGCAAAUCACAAUGACGCGUUUCUCUCCUGAUGGGCAACCCAAGCAAGAGACAAAACACAUCUUCUGAGAGAGCCGAGAAGAGAAAGGAAAUGCUUCACACUUCAGUUUUUCUGAAACUUGCUGUUUGAGCCAGCCGGCCCGUGUCGUCCUAAAUCUCAGUAGCCUCUACGCAAAACCUGUAUUUGUCUUCACUGCGCUUGCGGAUUGGGAUGUCAGAGAUCUGAAGUGAGGAAUCCCUGCCGAAGCAAUUUUUUGGCAUUAUCCCAGCGACAGAUCAUCCCUGAUUUGGCUGAAUUUGGCAAACCGUUGACCCCUCCUGUGUGAGGGUGAUUCGUAACCCAUCCCUCACCCUGGAAGGCGACACAGCUGUGCUCUGGUGUCUACCUCUGAGCUCAAACGGGGGCCUAGAGGGGGGGCAGGGCAGUACGCCUCUCAUGCCGCACCAAGAUGGACUCUAGCAUCAUUAGCCCGGACCCUGCGGCCAAAGAGGAGAUCACCCCCCAGUACGACAGCAGCGAGGAAUGGGAGAUAGGCCUGGGCAACCUCAUCAUUGACCUGGACGCCGAUCUGGAGAAGGACCGGCAGGAUGUGCCCUCGGCCGACUGCAGCAGCCCCCUGAGAAUCGGCAAAAUGAAGAUCAAGCGGAAGGUGAGCAGCUCCAAGGGAGAGUCAGCCACUGCCUCCUCACCCCGGAAGGACCCAAGCAGCAGCAGUAACGAAGAAGCCCUUCCUUUGACCACAACAGCAGCAGCAACAGGGGCUUCAACAGCACACCAUGCAUCACCUGAGCGGCAGGACCUGGUGAGCAAACCACGAGUGGUCAUCCACCACAAGAAAGACUCAAGCGCCAAGCAGGAGAAGAUAUUCUGCAGCCCCGUCAUGAACAAUGCUUCCAAGGUGCCUGCUGCCGUGUCCCUAGUGCAGACCGCGGUUGCAGUGGCAAACCAAACCAACCCCACCGUUCUACUCAACGCUUCCAUGGGAAAUUUGCCCGUCCCUCUGCAGUCCCAACCACCACAGCAACCACCUAAGAACUCGGACAGCCUAAACCACGUCUUGCAAGGGGUCAUGGGCAGCCCCAUGGCCAGCACUGCCAAGGACUCGGAAAAAAAACAGGGCAGAGCGGACAACCGAGACAACGAAGUCAAAACAAAGGAGGACGGAAAGAAGAAAGAUGAGAAGGAGGUCAAAGGUGAUGUGAAUAACAAGAAGGAGGUUGCUCAUGGUGGUGUUAACAAGAAACAUGGAGGAAAGAAGGGCAAAAAUGACAAGGUCACCACCCACUCCGUCUCCGUGGACACCUCUGAUAUGUCCACUCUGACCGACCCUGACUGUCUUGGGCCCUGUGAGCCAGGCACCUCGGUCAACCUGGAGGGCAUUGUGUGGCAUGAGACUGACCAGGGUGUACUUGUCGUGAAUGUCACAUGGAGGAACAAGACGUAUGUGGGCACUCUCCUUGACUGCACCAAACAUGACUGGGCACCACCCAGGUUUUGUGACUCCCCAACCAGUGACAUGGAGACCAGGAAUGCUAAGGCGCCGGGCCGGCCCAAGCGAGGGCGCAACAGCUCUUCCACAACGAACAACAACAAUGACCUCAGUAACUUCACCGAGACCCGCUCUUCCAUUCACAGCAAGCUGCGCAACUCAACCACCGUCAAAAGCCGGAGGGGUAGCAGCGCAUCCAACGGUAGCCGCACGCCACCCAAUGCCAUUGACCGUAGCACACAGGGCAAGCGUAAGGCCCGCCCCACUGACAUUGACCUGAGCUCAGGUGAGGACAACCACAAGGCAGCAACAUCCAAGAGGCUGAAGACGGCCAGGAACACGCCCACUCCCAACUCCUCAGAGGGCGCCACCUCACCCGUGUUCAUCGAGUGCCCUGAACCCAACUGCAAUAAGAAGUACAAACACAUCAACGGGUUGAGGUACCACCAGACCCAUGCUCACCAAGAUCUCCCCAGACAGGAGCUGGUCACCCCCGAUGAAGCAGAUCAGCCAGAAACCCCCAAAUCCGUGGCAGAGACUGCCUCUGAUUUUAACCCCUCCAAGAGGGACAAAACUUCUGUUGCCUCUGAAGGCCCCACACCAGGGUCCGUCCCCAAUGUUUCCAGUCCAGCAAAAGCGGCCAGCAACACCACCGAGAAAACAAAAGACACCAAAACUGCUCCCGCAGUGACUUCCGAGAAGCGGGAAGACAGUGUAGCACCUUGUUUAUCAAGUGGAAGCACGUCAACUGAUGUGUGCAAAGAGCCAAACACUAAGGAAGUGACUAAGGGCAGAGUAGAUGUAGCCCGCAGUCCCAAAGGGGGGCAGCAUAAAAGCCUGAUAGAUAAAACCAGUCCUAGCAAGAUUCUCCAUGGUGCCAACAAAGCCAAAGAUGCAGCCAAUAAUGUCAAGGCAAAGCCUGACUCUCACUUGAAUGACAAGUCCAUCAAGCAUAAGAAACCUGUGACGAGUCAGGGUGCAAGCAGCAGCAGCAGUCAAAAAGAUAUGUCCGUCUUUGAUUUCAACUCGACAGCAGAGGCUGAUGACAACUCCAAAAAGACUAACAGUUGCUCUGGAGAGAAGCAGGUAGGUGUGAGUGUCAUCCGUUCCAACCCAGAGCAAAUAGUCAUCAAGACGGAGCCUCUUAGUCCAUCCCCAACAUGUGUCCCGAGAACUCCCGAUACGCCAAAGAUGUCAUCAGCCCCCAGCAGCGAGGACCCACAGAAACACUCAAAGAGCAAAGACAAGGAAAAAGCAAAGGGAGGCUCAGAGAAGAAGAAACCAAAACAGGACAAAAUCGUUCAGAAGCCCAAGUCUGCUCGACCGAUUGCCCCAGCGCCGCCCCAUCCCCAACCUCCACAACUCAUUGCAAUACCAACUAUUGUCACCACAAGCAGUGGACCAACACCAACACCUCUUACCAUACCAGCAGUGACGACAAAACCCAGCGGGUCCUCACCCACCACAGGAGCUACGUUAAAACCCAUUCAGCCAAAGCCUACUGUGGCAGAUAACCCCGUCAUGAACACUUCUCUUGCAACUCUCAAAGAAAAGAAGUCCAAACCCAAGAAGAAGUCUAAGACCGACAAAGAGAAGCAUGCCACUGGUGGUUCCCCAAAGGACGGAGCCAAGGGGGAUUCCAAGGACAUCAAUAAACAGAAGGAGGGCAAGCCGAAGGAGAGUCCCCAGACUGCCAGACCAGAUCAACACCCUGAACCGUCACCAGCAGCUGCAUUAGAGAAUAACAUUCUCAAGCAGGCACUGACUGCAUCAGGCAUUGGUCCCGAGGAUGCUGGUAGGAACUCCCCGUACGUUCCAGGGAGUAAUGCUGAGAGCCAGACCAAAGUAGCCGAGCAAAUUCCAAAGGAUGCCCCAAAGGAGCUACCAUCACUAAUCCCCAGCAGGCCGAUGGUGAACCCGAGCAUGCCCGAAAUGCCAAAGCUCAUCCCCACCAGUAGUAUACUGAACUCAGUGAAUCGGCAACCACAUCAUGGACCAAUGCAAUCACAACAGCAGCAGCAGCAACAACCUCCACCUCCCCCACCGACCAAGCCGAUCAUUCCGUCUUCCCCAGAGACCAUGAAAACAGAAUACCAAGGACUCCAAGUGCCCUCUCAAGCAAAGCCCAAUGCCUUGCCCUCUGAACACCCUGUGCCAACCCUAGUGGUCCCCCCGAGCACAGAUGAUGCAAGGACAGGUAGCCCAGCCUAUUCUGAUAUAUCAGAUGCCAAUGACGAUGCUCCAGUAGAUCCUGCCAAACCCAGGGAGGAUAGAGAUCCAUAUGCUUUUCAUGACACUCCUGUAGGGAGAUCUUCCCAGGGAAAUAAGCAAGUCCCUGAAGACCUACGAAGAAUUGAGAGAGUAGAGCCAUUGAAUGUGCCAAUGUUUUCACCAUUGACAGAGGUAGCCCGAGAGCGAGGCGUCAGCUCUGAUUCUUUGACCAAGUCUUUGGAGCCCUUGCGGUCAACUCCCACCCAGCCCUUGAAACCCGAGUCGGGCAGGGAACUUAGCAAAGAUGGACCCGAGCCCAAGAAGGCCAGGAAAGACGCCCCAAGCCCAUCCGCUGAAACUGGCUACAGACCUCAGGCUCCACCUGGGGCUGUGUAUGGUGGGCAGUAUCCCUUCCUACCUGGCUAUGUGACAAUGGACCCGUCAUAUCAUCGUCUUAUGCCUGCUGAUGCUAGGCAGCAUCAUGAGCAAUACAUCACAGAGCAGCGAAAACGAGCAGAGGCAGAAAGGCUAGAGAGGGAGAAACGAGAUCAGGAGGCUGCUAAAGACAAAAUUGUGGAGAGUUCAGAACUGAGAGAUAGACCAAUUCCCAAGAUCAAAACAGAACCUGUUACCCCAACUAAAAGGGACUUGGCACCUGAGACAGGGAAGGGAUUGAGACCAGACAAAGACCCUCAACAUUUGAAGAGAAAAGGGGAACGUGAACUCCCCGAGACCAUUCAUGGUAAGCAGCUAGACUUUCACAAGUUGGGAUCCAAGAGUCCAGAUGUUGCUAUCCCACUCGGAUCCCAAAGAACCUCAGACGGAUGUCGCAGCUUACAAGAACAGCAACGGGAGGAGAUGAGGCUGUACUCUCUGUAUGAUCACAAACAGAGGGAGUUGCAGCGUCAGGAGGAAGAGCAACGAAAAACCAAACACGAGGAUCGACGGAGAUCUGAGUCUAGUGAAUUGUGGAGGGAGAGUCAAAGAACAUUGGAGGAGCGCCAGCAGGAGCAGGAUCAUGCCAGGAGAGUAAGCAUCUCCCCAAGGCAAGACACACCUAAGGAGCAGAGCACUACCACCCCAUCUUCCAAGUCAGCAAACGGCGACAAGAAACACAGAGACUCUCCCUUGCCAAACAAGAGUCAGUCCCCCCAUGACAAGGGCCCACCCAGGGGACUGAUUCCACCCUCCAGGCGAGUGCUGGACACAUACCCAGCAUACCUUCAGCCACCCUAUGUGCAGUCGCCAUUUGUGCCCAUGCCCUUCGACCCAAACCAUCCUGCUUACCAGGCAGUCAACCCCAUGGUUGCCUAUCCCUACAUCCCUCAUGAUUUGCACUACCCACCACCACCAGGAUCACGCGUUAUCAGUCCCAUGUGGAAGUCACCGGAGGAGCGGGGACGCUACGAAAUGGACCGUGAACACUCGGGCGUGACCUCUCCCCAUGGCUCUGGCAGCAAGGGUAGAGACUCCUCCCGCGAGCGACCACCAAAAGCCCUGGAUGUCCUCCAGCAGCACGCCAACCAGUACCAUAAGAAUGAGCGGUCACGUUCGCCAGAGCCGGACAGGGAGAAGAGACGGUCGUCCUCUCCACAUCGGCCAGCAUCCCCUGCUGAGAGGAAAACACCAGUGACACCCACAUCUCGAGAGGGUUCUCCGAGGUACGAUGCAGCCAGAAGGCAUGGUCCACCUCUUCCUUCAUCUCAUUUACUACAUCAGCAUAUGCACACCCACCAGCACACACACCUAGGCAUGGGCUACCCAGUCUUGCAGCCCUAUGAUCCUUACGUUCUCGCCAGCCAUCAACAGGCAGCAGCAGCGGCAGCUGCAGCUGCUGCAACCGGUGUCAAUCCGUACGCUGUCAGAAGGGAAUGAAGCAGGCUGAAAGGUUCCUCCACCAUGCUUUUAGUGACACUUGCAAUGUUCCACCAACCAAAGAGUCUGUGACCAAAGAGUUGAUUGAUUCCAUCGAUUGUUGCGGAACAAGGCUCUACUGCUCAGCAUGCAGUAUGCAGAAGGACUGUUGACGUUUGCGGCCAGUUUUUGGGGGAGCCUCUUUAUUUUAGGAAGAGGAAACAGGGAAGGACUUUGUGAGAUGAAGACAUGAUAUUUUUUGUUAUUUUGUUAGAAAUCUUGUCAUUGGUCUUAUUUAGAAGCUGAUUUCAGGUUUCCAGUAAAUUUAUGGAGUUUGGGCAGAAAGAGGAAGUUUUGUAUAUAGUGUGGACAGGUGGAUUAUCUGGUUUGUAUUCGGUCUUUUGAUGCGGCCGGCAUACGUGUGAAUUUUUAUACAGAUGGGUAGAAUGCUGAAUCCCUUGUAAAUUGUAAAUCGCAUUUCUUUAACCAAGUUAAAGAGGUGAGCCUUUUGUCCUUUUUGGUGGUUGGAUUGCAUACCAAACUGAUCACCAACAUUCUCCUCAUGCCACAAGGUCAGCUUUCUUCAUCAGGUAUUAACUGUGCCCAGACACUGGCAAGCACUGUUUUGAAUAAGAUUUUGUAAGUUUUUCAUAGAAUGAUCUCUCCAUUUUACACUGACUGUCAAUCAAAACGCACCAAUAAUUUUUUCUUCAGAAAAUGGGAAUUUAAAAAAAUAUGCUCUCCAAUUUCUCACAAAGAGUUGUGGUGGGAGGACUUACUUAGACAGUCACGCAGCAAGUCAUUCAGUCCAUGCAUGAUUCCAGCAUCUCAUCAGAACAGAACAUGAAAAUGGUGCAUUUCCAUUGACUUGACAGUAUUUUCAACUCACCGGUGACGAUACCAUCAAUAGGGAGCAGAAAGUAAUUCCCAGGGAGGUAACAGACUGGACUUCCCUCUUUUCCUUGCUGACUGUAUACUAUGGGACUGAAUACUCAAUGUGUGCGUUAGUCAAGCAUUCUCUCUGUUAAGGAUCCAGCUCCUUGCAUGCAGUUACCAUAUACCAAACAUAAGAUUUUAUUCGAAAAAGUACUGUUACAUAUAUGUGCUGUAAUUGUAGGAGAAUAUCCCCCCUUCAAAAUAAAGCAUUUAAGGUGAAACAGGUCCUAUUUUUAAUUUAUUUUUUUUUCUCUUGCUCCUUGUUUUAGUUAGUAGUGUCAUAGCCAUUUUGUACUGUUGGAAUUUUGGCAGUUUGGAUCAAAUUCUCUUUUUCCCCUUGAGCAUUUCUGCACUUUCAAUUCCUAAAAUCUGAUGGUGAAUUCUUGAUGUUCUCGCUAUUUUUGAAAAAGCGCAAUAUAUAACUUCGUGGCUUAGAAUUGCUAUUACCCAGUUUACGGAUAGAGGGGAGAGAAAAAGAUCACCUGAAGACGACCAGAAACAGGUUCUGGCCCUCUUCCUUUGAUUGCCAACUUCCUUUGUAGUGGAUAAAUCACAGAAUUGAAACUGAUCUGUGUCCAACAAGCGAGGGGACAACAACAAUUAACGGUCAUGUCUUGUAUGCGCAUUGCCGGGACAACCCAUCAUGGUGACUUAAUUAUUGCUGACAAAUCAUCAAGACAGUUUCUGACCGGCGGUGUCUCAGCAGAGAGUGUCUUGUUUCACCAUACCUCGUCCAGGUGAACAGCAGUAGCUUUUGACAGCACUUUUGCCUGAGGAGAGAACCAGUCAAACAUUCAAGUUUAGUGUGGUUCUUGAACACAAAAGGAAAGAAACAAGUUUGCUGUUGGUCGCGGAGACUGAAUUUUUUGCCAGCAUCAGCUUGUAGUAAACAAGCUGUUAUUAAAACAAGUUGCCGUUACAAUUGUAAAUGAUGAAGUAUGAUAUUUGGCAUCGGACUUUGUUGCUUAAAAAACUAAUCGUUUUAUCAAGUCUUAUUCUUCCUAGAUGUAUUAUAGACCUAUAUUUUCAUUCUUGAUUGUGUCUCGUUUUUUAAGUGCCACUGAUUAUAAAACCGUGUAGCACACACCACUUUGUAUUUUACUGUAUCUUAAUAAAAUUGUAGACUUUUGCCGCAAAAAAUGCGACAGGAAAAUCA